AAUUGAUCGUGAUUAAUUUUUGCUGGAAGGUAGCAUUUCUGUUUCAUCGUCCAUCGGAACCAGUAAUAAUUAUGGAUGCCACUACCACUACAACAUUUAAAUCCAUUUUGCUCAUAACAACCCUUCUAUUAGGGCUCGCCUCAUACUCAGAAACAGCCCCAAUAAUCGUCCAUUCUGCUCCAGUGACUUACCACAGUUCUGAUGUACCCACAAGAGUAUCUCGCCAAUAUCAUAAUGUAGUCCACAACGCGGCUGUGAUUCAGCCAGUGCUCCAUGUGCCCAUUAUCCAGCAUUCUCCUGUGGCUCAUUUCCAUGUACAUGGAUAUGGAUAUUAAUGAUUUUUAAAUCGAUAUGUACGUUGUGUGGCGCCAUCUAAUAUCAGCAAAAUUUCAAAUCGCUUGGGCUUUUUGGUUUAAAAUCAAUAUUCCCAGUCCUCCUUUUACCAAAUCUGCUCUCCUGAUGUGUGGAAAAAUACUUCAAUAAUAUUUAAUAAUCAUUUUACUUGUAAUUUAGUUUUUUUUUUUUUUGAAAAAAUACACAAAAUUAAAUAAAUUUGAAUACAAUUUAAACAAUGUUUAUUUUUUGAAUCAAAAUAUAAAACAGUAUACAAAAGUCUAUAGAGGUGUGACCUGUAGGGGCCUCUGAUGUCCUGAUAAUAUAUUUAUUUAAAUUUAUUUAAAAUCCCAUUCAACGUAUGAUCCCAAAAUAUUUUUGUUAUUUAUUUAUUUUAAUUUGUUUAUAACUGGGAUUUUCCAUACAAUACACAAAAUAUAAACGGUGAAACUCAAAUUCAUUAUAGCAAAGAAAAAAGAAAACUAUUUUUAAAAGAUGCUCAACGAAUUCACAAUAUUUUUAUGGGUUUUUGGUAAGGACAAAAUCAAUUUUUUUUAAAUAAUAAUUAGGUACCAUUAACAAACUUCUCCAACAUUUUUUGUAAUGUUUUCAAUGUUUUUAGUUUUUAGGCAAUGCCUUAAGAUAAUAAAAUUGUUAAUUGUUCCUAUCCUAUAUCCUUCUCACUCUGACAUAUGAUAUUUAGAAAUUUUCCUGUUUCGUGUGAGUUCACUAAUAGUGUUCUGAUACACGUCGAAACAUAUAGCUGUCCUUGUCAUUUGCCUUCACUGAAGAAAGAGAGAGAGACCUUGUGCUCUCAAAAGGAAUAAAGAAUUUAAGCACGCGCAUGCAUAUAACCUAACCUCAAAUCAAAAUAUAUUUUUGGUACGCGUGCUUUCAAGAUAUUCGGGCACGUGGAAUUUAAAAAAUAAAGAAAAAUCAUGGAUAAUACAGUUAAAGAGAAGAAGAAAAAGAAGAGCAAGACUGAUGGUCUUGCCGAAAUUCAAAGGGAAAACACUUUUCAGCUGAAAAGUUCAGAGAAAGCCGCAAAACUAGAUACUUCCCAGUGGCCUCUAUUGCUUAAGAACUUUGAUCGUCUCAAUGUCCGUACGAACCAUUACACUCCAAUACCCUCAGGCGCCAGCCCCUUGAAACGUGAACUAUCAGAAUACAUCAAAUCAGGAUUCAUCAAUUUGGACAAACCCAGUAAUCCGAGCUCGCACGAGGUGGUGGCAUGGAUAAAAAGAAUUCUUAGAGUAGAAAAAACUGGUCAUUCGGGCACUCUUGAUCCGAAAACAACAGGAUGUUUAAUUGUGUGCAUAGAAAGAGCCACCAGAUUGGUCAAAUCACAACAAUCAGCAGGAAAGCAGUAUGUGACGGUUUUCAAGCUCCAUUCUCCUGUAGAAGGUGGCGUACAGAAAAUCAAACAAGGCCUUGAAAGAUUGAAAGGUGCUCUCUUCCAGAGGCCCCCUUUAAUUUCAGCUGUUAAAAGACAGUUGAGAGUAAGGACAGUUUAUGACAGUGUAUUGUGUGAUUUUGAUGAAACCAGGAAUAUAGGUGUAUUUUGGGUAAAAUGUGAGGCCGGAUCUUACAUCAGAACAAUGUGUGUACAUUUGGGAAUGAUUUUAGGAGUUGGUGGUCAAAUGUUGGAAUUGCGCAGAGUCCAAUCGGGAAGUGUCAACGAAUUGGACGAUCCUGCAACUCUUCACGAUAUCUUGGAUGCUCAAUGGAUCUAUGAUAAUCACAAAGACGAGUCGUACCUGAGAAGAGUUAUUAAACCUUUGGAGGCACUGUUGAUUAAUCACAAGAGGAUUAUUUUAAAGGACAGUGCUAUUAAUGCUGUUUGCUAUGGUGCAAAAAUCCUCAUUCCUGGUAUCUUAAGAUACGAAGACAACAUUGAAAUGAAUGAAGAAAUCGUUAUCGUAACAACAAAAGGAGAAGCUGUAGCACUCGCAAUUGCCCUAAUGACUACAGCUACUAUAGCCACCUGCGAUCAUGGAGUAGUAGCUAAAAUUAAAAGGGUUAUCAUGGAAAGAGACACUUACCCUAGAAAAUGGGGUUUGGGUGCAAGAGCCAGUCAAAAAAAGAUUCUCAUUGCCAAAGGAGAAUUGGAUAAAUAUGGAAGGCCUAAUGAGAAUACACCGAAAGCUUGGUUAAAUAGCUACGUGGACUUGGCAGUUAAACCUGAAAUUAAAAAAGAGGUCGAAGAAAGCCAGACAGCUGAAGACUCAAAGAAACGUAAGCAUGAUAUUUCUACUGAGUCUACCGCAGAGGUAACGGAAGCUGAAGAAAAGACUCCUAAAAAGGAGAAGCAUAAGAAAAAGAAGCACAAACAAGACUCCGAAGUUUCGGAAGAUGCUGGUGCCAGCAAGAUUACAGAGGAGAGUGUAACUGAAGGAGAGGUAACCAAGAAAGAGAAAAAGAAGAAGAAAAAGAAAAGUAAAGACCAAGAUGCCGAAGCAGCUGCUUAAAUAGACUUAGACUAUGUUCAAUCAUGUUAAUUUUGACAUCUACAUAUUUUCAUUUUAUUCACUUAAAAGUUGUUUUUUGUAUUGUGUACAACAGUACCUACAUAGAUAUAAGUAUAUUUUUUCAAGGAUUUAAUUAGAUCUUUUGAUGGGUAUUGAAUGAUUUUUUUUUUAAUUCCAAGAUAGUUUUUUUAAGCAUUAUGUGCAACAUUUUUAUUUAAUACAUAACUAUUAAAUUUAUGUAUUGUUUAAAUAAAAUAAAUUGUUC